AUGAAUUCCACCAGGACAAUGGUUUUAUUACUGGCACUCGCCGCAUAUACAUACGCUGCACCAGCAACCCACUCUACCGAAGAAACAGAGAAAACAUCGCUGACAGAUGCGGUCCCACUGGUUGAAUAUAUCGAGACUGUAGACGUAAUACCAGGUUUAGCGUACGUUCAUCCACCAACAGCAGCUGCCACUGAAGAGACUUCUCACAAGGUUGCAAGGCGAUCUGCUUUUGUAGAAUAUCCAAGUAAUGACUUGAUACUAUCAAACUUUGAUGAAAGUAAAAACGCGGAAUCUGGCGUCGUUGGCAGAAUCAAAGUGCUGCCGACUUGGGUUGGUUAA